AUGCUGAUACUCCAGCUGUUCUUCUUCAUUUUUGUCACCUUAUUAAAUAACUAUUACUCAGUUUCCGCAGACUGUUAUGUGAAAUUGACUUCUCCACAACUGAGUCCAAACCAGGUACCUCCUAUUUUAUUUAUUUUUAAUUUUUAAAAAUGCUUUUUUUCAACUAAAUGAUUGUUCAGUACAAUGGUUCAUGGUUCGUGAUCGCCAGGAAAGCUCCGAAAAGUCGUUCUUUUCUCCCGAAAAAUGUCCAAUCGAGCACAUUUAACCUGCUUAUCCAGGCUGAUCAAACCAGCCUAUCUUUUCUUGAAUACCACAAAAUGUAAGAUUUUCAAAAAAGUCUCUAUUUUCCGUUUCUUUUCCAGCAACGGAUCAUGCGCGCCGCCGUUAAAAGGCAAUUUGACGAGGUACAAAGAGGGUUAUAUGAUUUCCGUCGAAAACAACAAUGACCACAUGGACAGGAGUGAUUUUGAAAUAGAAAAGUGGAUUUUUGAAGAUGUUUGGUUUCAGUUUACGUCCGGCCCAUAUAUCACGGCUAUUCCGGCGAACAAAACGAGGAAAUGAACAUCGUUCUCUAUGGAUGUGUCCAUGAGAACUGGGACGGUAGAAUGAAAAGAAAAAUGAAUCAAUUUUCUAGUUGGUUAGGUGGAUGUCCGGUCGGAGAAGAAUGGGUGGUCAUUAUGAGCAAUUCGAGGCAUCCUCAGACCUUGCAGGUAUUCUCCUUCUGUUGCUUUUUGAAAGUUGCUCUUGAAGGGAGAGCAAAAUGAAAGGUGUCUUGAUAGAUUUUAAGGGUUGCAGAGCUUGUAAGCUUCAUUUAUGGGCAAGAUAAAGAGAUGAUGCAAGAGCGAGCUUUCCAUUUGCGAGGAGUACUGUAUGCGGAUUUGCGCAUUGCGUGCAUACACUGUGCGAGUUUACAUUUUCGUUGCGUGACGUCACUGGGUCGUACACUAAGAAUAACUGCCGAGAUAAACGCGAGACACUGGCGGUAGAUUGACGAGCUCGCAAACAUCUCGCUUUUUUUCUCGCGCCGGUCUCGCAUUUUUCUGGGCGCGAGCUCGCAUUUUUCUAGGCGCGAGCUCGCAUUUCUCUUGCAAUUUGAAAAUUUCCGAAGUGCGAGAUAAAUGCGAGAUGGCGCCAAGAAAUAUGCGAGGUCGCGCCGAGAGAAAUGCGAGAUCGCGCCUCGAAAAAAGCGAGAUGUUUGCGAGCUCGUCAGUGUACCGCCACCGACCUCGCGUUUAUCUCGUCAGUUAUUCUUAGUGUACAUCUCCGGGGUUUCUUUUUCACAUUAUUUUGAUUUUGUUUUUUAUCGUGCAAAUAUCAUCGAGAAAAAUUCAAAUCUUGGAAAAAAGCAAAAAUAUUUGAAAAAAAAACUAGGAAACUAAAAACCCGGAGAUGUGCGACUCGGUGACGUCACGCAACGAAAGUGUAUGCACGCAAUGUGCAUAUCCACAUACAGUACUCUCCGCAAAUGGAAAACUCGUUCGAUGUCGUAGCACCAAAGAGAUAUGAGCUGGAAAAGGGCGGGCUGGUUAUUUCGAGAAUCUGAUUAUACUCUCCGAAACUUUUGGCUCAGGCUGUGUAGUUUGUUCCUAAGCUUCCGCCCUCAUGAAUUUCGCCAUCAAAGCGGAAAGUUGUGAACCCAGUUUUGGCUUCAAAGUUGCAUUUAUUGAGCCUCAGACCAUUCAAAAGUGCCACUAAAAAUGUGAAACUCGGUAAAAAUGUUUUCAAUGAAGUCAAAAAGAUUUCGUAAAUUUCAUCUAGCGCACCAGUAAAGAGAGAUAAAAAGUGAAGAGAAAAAAGAAAAAAAAUUUCAAAGUAGAAAACAUAUUUUCAGCUCUUUAAAUCGGCGAUGCUGAUCGAAGAAGAAGCUUGUAUCGACAUUCUGCACUUCCAAGCCCUAGACACAUACAGUAAGAAUAUUGAGCGAACCGAUAAGAACUGAUCGAUUGAAGCGGAUUGCGGCGAUGAAGUCGUCGACGAAGAUCAGAAGCUUCGUCACGCACAAAUCGACGAGAACAACGAGUUUGUCGACGUCGAAUGCCGAGUGGAGAAUAUCCAGCCCAAGCCGAACAACAUCUCCAAGUUUUUUGUGAGUGUAGGAGACUAGGUUUUCAGAUUUUUGAGGGGCAACAUUUUAAUAUUUUUAAGGAUUCCUCGAUGUCAUUCAUAACUUGAAGGCGGUAUCAGAAACUCACAAAAUUUGAAAAAAUAAAUAGCUCUUUUUGGGAAGAAGUUAAAAGCACUGAUCCCCACAAGAGACCCUUCAAAAUUUUUCAGAGUGAGCCUCGAGUUCUAACGGUCAUCGCCUACAUCGACGCCGAGCUGUCCGAUGAGCAAAUUGCUCAUAUUAGUUGUCGCUACGAGACCCCUUCCAAUGCGACUUGCGAAUGGAUACGGUGAAAUCUAAAAAAAUUUCUUCAAGUUACAAAAAUAUAUUAUGAAUAAUAUUCUAGACAGGACACCUGUUUCAAGACGCAGUUGACUCAGAAGGUGAGCCGCAACCAAAUCACUAUUUCCUCGAGUAUCCUGAGGCUAAAUGGAUCUGAAGUUCCCAUCGAUUGUGAGUUUUAGAAAAUCUUCAAGACGCAAGAAAAAUGGAAGAGCAUAUUUUUUCAUAUUUGUAUGAAUAUUUCAAAUCUUAGGAUUCAGAACUUCCGUGCAAUUCAAACCAAACUAUUUUCAUAGAGUAAAGAAGAAAUUACUAAAUUAGACUUACUCCAUCACAGGCAUAUUUUGCUCUAUUCUCGACCUCAGAAAAUUGUUUUUUCGUCAGUCGCUCCAUCACACCUCUUUUUAUAGGUCAUCAUUUUUUUUUCCUUUGUAUGUUACAAUUUUUUUUGUCUUGUCGUUUUUAUUUUAUUCCGUAUUCAAAGUGAUUCCGAAAAGUUCAAAAUUAGCAUCAAAGGGGGACAAAGAAAACUAAAUUUUUGGAGGUUCAGAAGCUAUUUUGAACAGGGAGGGCAUUAUGAAUGAGUUCCCAUAAAUCGUUUUCGAUUCCAUCUGACUAAAAACAACCAAUAAAUAUUGAUUAAUAUUGAUAUUAACUGAAAAAUAAAUUUUUCAAGGGUCCGGCUUUGUACUAUGGGAAAAUGGCGACGAAUACAUUUCGAUGCAUUGCGGGACUGUCGAUGACGAUGGAGCCUGUGACGCCGUCAGGUUCCCGAGAACCUACCAAUCGGAAAGAAAUUCGAAAUUCAGGAUUUACGUCUGGUCGGACGAGGAUCACAUGGACCAGCCGACGAUCCACGAGAUCUACCGACAGCUUCAAGCCGUUUGUGUCGAUCCUACGGACCUCAUCUUUCUCAACACUUUUCGUGAGGAUUGAAAAAUUGCUUUAAGUUACAGUUUCGUACGAAGGGCCUCCUGAAAAUGUUUUUUUCUUUGGAGGGUACUUGAAAUUUUCUCAGUUGUUUUAUCAUUAACUUCAACCGCCAUGAUCACAUUUUGAAUGCUCCAAAUUACCGGGAAACGGAAUGGUUUAGGAAAGGAGAAUACAUAUAAAACCGAAGCUGCGAUUUUGAGAAAAUCAGGCCUCUUUUUUCAAAAAUUAUUGAGUUUUCAUUUUUUUUUUUGUAAUUUUUGCAAGUUGAGAGUCAUUUUUGUUAUCAUUGCAACUUCUCUGGAUUUUUUUUUUUUGAAGGCUGAGUUUUUAGAAAAUACGGUUUGUAAAGCUCACAAAUUCAUAAAUAAGCUUGAGAAUCCUUCGCUUUAAAAUCUUAAGUUAUGAACAAAAUCAGUCUUUUACUUUAUUUUUUGGCGAAGUUUACGCACAAUUCUUGAUUUGCAACUUUUCGUAGCUGAAGUAACUUUUUUUUUGAGAAUUUAUCUGAGAUUUUAGACGAAUGCAUAGUCCCACCUCCGUCGACGAACAAUUCCCGGUGUUCUGUACCUAUAGGUUGGAGCCCCCUCACUAUCAACAUGCUCGACGGUGUUUGGUUCAUCGAGUCUCAUCUUCAAAAUAGAAUUUUCCCACUUGAAGGUACGUCGCCGCUGACCUCAACGAUGAGCCCAAAAUAUUCCUCCAGUCCGCUGUUGUCAACAUGACCAGGCGUGCCAAUGAGUAGGUUUUUAUUUCAUUUUGUAGGACUAUGAAUAACAUUUGGCAAGCGUCUUAGAGACUUUUCAAAAACGUCUAGAAAAGUAAAAUUUAAAAAAAAGUUUUUUUCAGAGUUUCAAGUUUCAAAAAUUGUUCUAGGCUGUUGUAACAGUGUUUAUGCAUCAAUUAGUUCAAGGGUUCAAAAAUAAAAAAAUUAUAAAAGUUGUCUUGAAAAAGGUUUUAAACUGUUAUGGACACAACUUGAUUUAAAGUUAGUGGACCAAAGAAAAUAGUAUAGCCGUACGAGAUGAUCACUUUCUGAAAGCACAGCAUACAAAAAUCUACCCUUGUCAGAGCUUUUAUGCGCUUUUGCUUCGAAAAUUGCAAGAAUGGCUGAAAAGGGUCUCGGGGCGCUUUUCCAUCAAGUUCGGUUUACGGUAACUUGAGUGAGAGAACGAAAAAAGCCGGGGCAAAACAAUGUCGUACUUUUGACCUCAAGUAUUGAUGAUCUUUUCCUUUCAGUCUAAUCCGCUCUUUUUACAUCCAAAAAAAAAAAAAAAGUUCAAACUAUACUCAAUAACAUAAGUCAGAAGCGACAUUCUGGACAUCACCUACUUUGCUCAAAAAGAGUCCGACGCCAAGUGCAUCGGACCCGGCCGGGGACAGAUCAAACUCCUGAGCGACGCCCAACUCGAAGUUCAGCUCGAGUACAAGUACCCAUUCGUUCGGAAUCAUGUCAACACUAUUAAAUGUUUGCUUUUUAAGUAGAAAAUACGAAAAAAGGUGUUUAGUUAUGUACAAGGUUUUGUAUCUGGACAAUCAGAGGGCGGUCCUCUAUUGGUGCUUCAAACAGAACGCCAACGGGACCUGCGAACAGCAUGAUGUCAACUUCUUGAUUAGGUAGGGUUAUUUUUAGGGUACCCUGAUGAAGUGGAAAUGGUUUAUAAAAAUUUAGUUAGGGUAUUUUUUUGAGUUUUUUUAGGAUCUUUAGGAUACUUUUAGGCUUUAAAGGACUUUUAGGGUUUUCCUGAAGGUCUACAGAAAGUUCGAAAAAUACGGAAAACUCUCCAAGUCUUUGUAUUACCACGAUCGCUUCAGAAAGUCUAUAACUACCAUAAAAGUGAUUUAGAGCUCUGAUGUGAGUUUUAUAAAAGAGACGGGAAAUUUUUUCAAAAGGUCAGAGAAAAUGGCGAAGAAAAGGCAGCCAAAUGCAGCUAUUAGACGCAUCUUUCGGCCUAGAGCUAAGAUCAAAAAGCUAUUUUCACUUACAACUUUAGAAAUUCGCAAAAAUUGGCUGGAAAAAUCUUCAAUGAAGAAAAUGAACGCCUGGAAAAUCUUAAAUUUUUUCAGUUCUAUGGAAGAGUAACUUUUAAAUUGCUUUUUUUCUCCGCUAGAGUCUGUUCGAAUAUUGGAGGCUCGAAUACUCUUAAAUUAGGGAUGAAUUUUCAAAAAAAUAGAUUGCAUUUUGAACCACAUGUGGAAAUUUCAAGUGAGAUUGUGAAUUUGAAGAUCCCGGCAUUUCUCACACAACGACCUGUCUCUGAUUCUGCCCUACCUCGACAAAGUCUGUAUCGCAAAGCAGGACCUCCGCUGGUUCGACCUCCACUGUCAGUUUUUUGAGAAAAGACCAGAAAAUGGUAGAAAAAUGGGAAAGUAGCGAAAAGGUCAACAAAUGAUCCCGUUUGCUCAGACAAUAUGGAAAAUAGAAGAAGCAGCGAAAAUGACACAUACUUAGAAAGGCCAGAAAGUUCACUAGAGGGACAACCUUACGGGCCCUUGUAGGUUCCCCUCAAGAGACCACUUCACUUUUUACUACUAUGCAAAAGUGGCCACUCUAGAGGAGCAUGCUGGUGGUCCUUUCUUUGUAUUCCCUCUAGUGACCACUCUGGCCAGUUUUCUCGGCUCGAAAGGAUGGUGUGCGGAGCCAAGAAAAAUGGAUUAUAUUUGUCAAGCUUUUGAAUCUUUGCGUUUCUAGCCCAAUGCGGGAUGGAAAUGUCCUCCUCGACGCAUCUUCGACGAGACCUGGUGACCUUGUCCCACUACCACGUCCUGGACAUCCUCACCAACGUCCAGGAGCCAAAAUGUACCUACAAGGAGCUGCGUGGGGUUCGAGCUGAUCUGCACUCGGUUAGUGUGAUGAAUUUUCUUUCAAAAGGAUAAAAUCAACUUAAUAUGGGAUAUUAGUCGUCAAAACUGAGUCUUUUCAUCAAAAUUGAAAAAAAAAUUUUCCUAACCAAAAGCUACACAUAUUGAAGCUCAACUCAAACUUUCGCAAACCAGACUUUCAAGUAUUUGAAUGCGGUUAAAUAUGAUGACUAAAUAUUGUUGAACAAUUUUCCCAACCACCAUAGAUGGGCAAAUGUCAACUCAUUCAGCCCGGGAGCAGGAGUUGGCUUGCAAAAUGUUUGGGAAAUUCAAAUCAAAUCAAGUCAAAUUUUUUUAUUUCUCACAAACAAGUACUAAAAUUCACGAAAUAGAUGUAGGGAGAAUUUGGGAUCAUAUGUGUCGGAACUUGUGGUGAUGGAGGGAAGAGGACUCGCGGUCGUGUUAACCAACUUGAGUAAAUUGGAAUAAUCUUAAAGUUAUUUUUUUAAAUGUCGAUUAUGUAGCUUUCAUAUUUUUGUUGGAUCAAGAGUAUUUAGUUCUGUAAUGUUGUUUUCAAACCAUUUCUCAAGUUUAGAUUUGAACUUUUUUUUUCAUACUCAAAUACUAUGUUUCUAUUCAUGUGAUUCCAAUGAGUGUAAACUCUUAGAGGAUAAAAUCAAGUUUUAACCUCAAAGAGGUUGUUCUGACCACAAUAAUGCAAUUUUUAUCCUUGAAAGGAGGGGUUGAAGGCCUAAAGAAUGGUCUUCCCAUGUAUGCCAACCACAAAGAAAAAUGACUUGUGAAACGAAGUUCGAAGCUCUUUUUUUAUUUUCUGAUAGUCACAAGAAAAAACAGAUGAUCAGAAGUCUGUUGCAGCUGGAACGAGCUGGAACUUGGUUCCUGAUGUCGUUGAUGGACGAAAUGGCGAUGGACACUUAUGCGAUGGUCGGCCGUGUCUUCUCCGUUUCUAACAGUACCGCCGUCCUUCGACUGUUCCAGUCCGCGUCAGUGAUUCCAUAUUUUCAGAUUUAAAUUCAGAGUUUUUUUAUGGGAUAACUUCUUAUGGACCUAUUUUUGGAGCGAUAACUUUUCACAUCCAAAAUUUGAAUAUGUUCCCGAUUCAGUUAUUUUUUCACCGCACUUAGGAGCGCCAGAGUAGCUCCAAAGGCACUUAGAAGUUCCCUUCUAGUAACCACCUUACUUCCUCCUAUAGGGAACUUUAAACCUUGCCAAAGUGGCGACUUUAGGGAGCAUGCCAGUCGCUUAUUGCUAUGAACUGCCUGAUAAGAAGCAAUUUGAACAAAAUAUUUAAAGUUCUCUCAGGGGACCACUUAAGCUUUAGGUGCUCACUGGUCAGACCCCGAAUCCACAGAGGUACCACACAAAGUUUACCCCUAUAGGGGCACUUCUCUCUCCCCAAUAGCGGCUGCUUUUUUCCCUAGCCCCUUUAGGGACCCCUCUAACGUUCCUGAGUUGGUAAACUCCCGUAUAGCCCUAAAAAUACUGAAAAAAUAUGACAUGAAAGUAUACAUUUCUAUCCCCCUCUAAAUUUUACCCCUUUCGAGAGCAUUAUUUUGUCCCCUGUAGGACUUUUUCCCUAACCCCUUUUUCGGCGUUUCAAAAAAAAAAGUUCAGAUCGAUCCCAGGAGAGCCGCGACAAUGCUUCACGAGAGUGUUCACCAUCCAGGAGGUCAGCAACAAGUCCAACGGCGAUUUCUACUACGAGCUCCAUUUCGAGUCCAUCUCCAAGAACUCCACCACAAGUGCGUCCUAAUGGACUCUCCCCCGCCGAAAACUGACGGAACAUUUGACGGACGAACAUGUCAAUCCAAAAAUACGGAGCGUUCUCUUUUCUGAAUAAAAACCGAAAAGUGAAACAUUUUGAUUGACGUCCAACGGGAAGCUCUUUCAUCUUCUCGACAUGGCCCGAGUUGGAGAAGAGGCCUGAAAAAAUUCGGAGGAAUGGUCGCUGUAGCUUAUCUACAGACAAUCUCGAAAAAUAACUCAAAUUGUACACUUUUUUCCGAUUUUUUCAAAGACUUUGUCCGAUUUCGGUAGAUUAAAAAACAAGUUCUACUCGAUUUAUUGAAAAAUUAAGUAAAGAAUGAAUGAUUUAUUCGAAAAAAAUACUCCAUUUUCGGACUUUGGUUUUCUUGGAACACGACUCUUUCUCAAAAUUCGAGUUUUUUUCAGAUUUAUUCACGAUAUUUACAAUUUUUCAUAGUUGAAAACAAAAGUGGUAGAAAGUUAAUUUUUGAGUAUUACAAAAAAACUAGGUUUGAUUUUUAUUUCCCCAUUUCAAAAAUUUUCAUUGCUUUUUUUCUAUAAGUUUCAUUUUUUUAUUUAUUCAAAGUUGAACCGAGAGAAAAAAACAAGGAAAAAUUCGAAAAAAAUCACCAUUAGAGCUCGCUUCAUAAGAUAAGAAAAAUAGAAAAAUAUAGAAAAAAAUAUCGUUCUUUUUUUGUUUAAUUUCUGAAAUUUUUGAUCGUUUUCUAUACGAAAAAUUCUUUUUCAAACGUGAUUUGUGAUAAUCAGAAAAACACCACUAAAAACUCAUAAAGAAAAUAUUGUCGUCAUUUAAAAACUGGAAGGAAACAAGUUAAGAGUACGUUUUCAAGAAACAUCAAAUAGCCAUGGAAUUUAAUCAGUUGUUUCCACGUCGUUUCGAGAUUCCAAAAAGUCUUUCUUGCUUUGCAGUGGUGUUCCGCUUUCUGUUCUUCAACCGACACGUCGGCGUGAUCUACUCCUGUCUGCGAAACGGCCCCGAAGGAUUGUGAGUUGAAAGUUGAAAGACGGGGAAACUCGGCACGAGAACCUUCGAGAAAAGAGUCACACCAUCAAAAAUGUAUGGCACUUCCCCCGAAACUUUCUUUUCUUUUGUGUCAGGAGACAAAAAAGUUGUCGGUUUUCACAAGGCUUGAUUUCCAAAUGAGAAGGGGGGUCUCCGGUUGAAUGGAUUAUGAGUUGGCUUGAAAAAUGGGCGGUUUUUUCGGCUUUCAACUUGAUAGGGUCGAAUUGUGAAUUUUCUUCGGAUUUUUGAGGUAAAGAUUCGAAUUAACGAUGAAUAGCUUGUUAGGCUGAUUUUCUCAAUAAAAAAGAGGAAAAGUAAUCUCAAAGAUACACACCUGUCUUUGAAAAAAUCAACUCCUCUAAAAAAGUUCAAAGUUUUUUCAGUUUUUUGAAGAAUUCAUCCGCUAUGUAACAUAGAAAACUUUCGAAAAAACGAACUGAAAAGAAGAAAAAUAAGCUUCAGCUUUUAAUUUGAUGAAAAUAUGAGAAAAUAAAAAUAAAACGGAGAGAUAAUGGUCGCAAGCUUAUCACGGUUUCAGAGAAAACCAAUAUUUUAGGGUCCCCAGAGUGGUCCCUAUCGAGGCAACCAUAGGGGUCCUUGAAGGUUUCUCUCUAUACAUGGAGCACUUGAACUUUGAGAGCUUAGAAGUGAAAGCCUCAACCCCUAUAGGGACCACUUAAUAUUUACCCCUAUAGGGAUCACUUAUUUGCCCCUCUAGGAGUUUUUCUUUUCCCCUAAAGCCCUGUAGAGACCACUUUGGCGCUCCUAAGAUAGUCAUAUAGAGAUUUAUUUUCAAAGUUCUCUCAGGUCAUACGAGAAUUUUCCGCCUUUGAACUACAUAAAAAAGUUUUUGAAGACCGUAGACGAAAAUUUGAUUUUUUUUUUCGACUUCAAACUAGCCAUGACUUUUUUUAAAAAAAACUUUGUGUAGUACGCAAUAGAGUUAUAAAGAAAAAAGAGAAAUUUUCACUUUAAAAUCAGCUUUCUUGAGAUGCGAAGAGAGAGCGAUCUACGUGAUCUCCCGACACGAAAGCAUCGAUCACGCUGAGUUGACGGUAGUCGAGAAAGUCGCCAAGUCGGCCUGUGUCGACCCCCUGAGGCUCUAUCACACGGCUGCUCACGGUUUCCUUUUUUUUUCACAUUUCUCAAAAUUUCACAGAGUGUAAUUUUGUCUUGAUUUGUAAAUUUCUCAGAAAAAAAUUGAGAAAAAUUUACACUUCAGAAAAAAAUCAACCUCACUUUUUUUAAGCUUCGGAUCUUAAAAAAAUUAGUCUCGUAUAAAAAAAUUCUGAUCUUGAAUUUCAACGAUUUGCCAAACAGUCUUUCAAGAAGACGAUGAACCAACUUAUUGAUUUUUUUCUUUAUCGUUAUAAGCUACCUUUGAAUCCGGGAUAUCGUUUUUUCAACCAGUCUGUUUUAAUAUAUAAUUUAUAAAUCUUCAGUGAACUUUUUUUCAAAACAACAAGAUUCUGAAAACAAUAAAAAAAGUAUACUUCAAAAACUACUUUUGGCCAUAAUUAUAUAGGAAAGGAUGAUUAUACAGUCAAAUUUUUAGGUUAUAAGGCACAUCAAUUUCCAAUUAUUUGAAGAUUUUGGUCAUGUAUUGCACUGGUAGGCAUAGAGAACAACAGGAAAAACGAAAAAAGGCACUUUUUGACAAAAUUGAAAGGUUUCGUGAUUCAAAAUCAAUAAGGAUAUGAGAGGAAAAUUUAUUGAAGGAAGGAUUUUUUCUGGAAGAAACCUGUAUCAAGGUGUGUUGGCAAGAAGAUCUCGAAAAAGUUGCGUUGGAAGAGAAAAAUUGCCAGUAGAAAGUGCGGGGAAUUCGAAUAGAUACCACGUAGAAGAGCUAUUAGGAACCAUGGGCAAACGUGGGCAAACAUGAGCAACGGUGAGUUGUAGACGAGUGCGUCUACGAUCAUCUGCGUCUGAAGCCGCCGGCGUGCAGCUCCGUCGACGUGAAGAACGCCGUCGCAGAGUGGGCCACCUACAGCGUUCAGGAAACUCUCGUUCGUUUUUCUUCUUUCUGUAAAAGUCCCUCUUACUUGGUUGAAUCUAUUUCCAAUCAAUAAAUAAUCAAUAUUUAGGUUCUAUUCGAUUUUAUCGACUAGGAGAGGAAGAAGAACUCUUCAAACUAAAAAUCGAGUCUCUUUGUCACAUUUUUACCACUCAAAUAUGAACUCCAACCUUUUGGGUACUUUUUUCUCCUAGUUAGUGAUGUUUACAUGUUCCUCUGACCUUGCCGGUUAGAGAAAAGAGACGCAGGCUAGUCAGACAGUUUCAAGUCGUGACGAUUGCAUUAUACCUCUAAAUUGAAAAAAAAGCUGAUUUAAUUUGGAAAAAUAUUGCAUAAUUGAGCAAUCGCAUCAAGUUCUUAUGAGAAAGGUAGUUUGACUUGAAGUUUGGGGAUUUUCUGAAAAUUUCUGAAAAUUCUGAAAAUCCAGAAAACUUUUCGAACUACUAAAGUGAGAUCUUAGAUGUCUCAAUCUACAGAAAUUCGUUAUCUUUUUUAGAGAUCGGAGUUCAAGUCGCUCUGCAAAAAAUAAAAGAGCGACUUUUUUUUUCAGGACGUUCAGUUUGUAUAUGGCUAAAAGUUAAGCUAAUUUCAGAUAGUUUUGCAUGAAAUUGCCUUCGUUGUGAAACCUUAAUUAAAAGUUUUUUUGUCUAGCUCUGGCUUUGCAGUUUUCUAUUUUAUUCAAAAAUCGGUAUAAAAAGUAAGAAGUCUUCAUUUUAAGUUUUUUUCUUUUUUUGCGUGUUUUGAAAUGUUUCCGCUAAACUUAAUUUUGAAAAAAAUCAAUUACUUUGAAAAUUAUCAAAACUUUCCAUGAAGAAGCUUUCAAAGACGCAUCCAAUAUUCAAAAUGAAUUACUAAUUUUUAUCUCAUAAUUGUUCUUUACUUAAAGCCCUCUUCAAUUUGAGCACUUUCACCAUUUCCAGAGUAUUUUCAAGCGCUUCCAAAAACUAUUCUGUUAGCUUUCAUGAGAUCCUUCCAACGCGUUCCAUGAUUUAUGGCGAGAAGUUUAAGUGCCGAGCCUCGUAAAAUGAGUAUAAAACGAAUGCCCCGAGGGUCCAAUCGAGUCUCACCGGAAAGCCAUAAGUCAGGACUUGGGUAAAUUAUGCGAUAGGCCAUUUAUCAUGGAGUCCACGGCCAAAAAAAUAUAUAUGUGGGGUCACCUCCAAGCCUUUUCUGCGGCUCUCCAAAAAAACACCGAACUCGGCAAGCCGAAAAAAAAAGAACUGACGCAGGCGAAAGCGCGAGAAUCCGUCACUUUUUUUCAAACUAUUUUCACUCAAAAGCCUCUCUUUCGCCUCUAAAUUCAAUAAUCCUGCCCCAGAUUCUUCUGCAGACGUUCUUCUCUUCUGGCGGCACUCGCCGCGCUUUUUUGAGAAAAAAGAGGCAAAACACUCGAAGAAAACUACUUUCAAAACAAAGUUAAGCCAAAGAGAAACAAGUUUUGGUAAAAUAAAGGAAUGAACUCAAAAAAUAAAUUUGAUUUGGAAAUUUGAAAGUUGUCUCCUUCUUUGAGUUUUUAUCGACUAUACUAUUAGAAAUAUCAGUAAUAAUCUCAAGUUUCAAUCGGUGUUUGGAAGAUUUCAAAACGAAAAAAAAACAUUAGCCCAUUUUUGUAUUUCAAAAUUUGAUUCGAAAACUGCAGUUCGAAGACAAAUGAAGCAAUGAGAAAAAUGAUAUAUUUCAAUUUGAGCGUUCUCAGGAGUUGGUUCGACAAAGUUUGAGCUUUUUUGACUUUUAUUAAGUUUUCAAAUAAAAAUUUCCAAGUUUCCUCUAUCCAAACCCGAUUCCAGUCUCCAACAAAACACUUUUUCAAAAAGACUUCUAAACGAUUUUAUUGGUUUCAGAUGUUCGACUAAACACUUUUCUUUUCCUCGAAAUCUGUUUUCUUUCAUCUUUGCGCCAACUCCUGAGACUUUCAAUUUUUCGGAAAAACGCAUUAUAUAAUAGAAAACUAAGGAAACUAGGCUACUCCUUCUAGGGAGGUGCAAAAAGAAUUUUUUGGUCGUUAAACGCGCGACAGGAUAUUAAUUCAUUUUUAACGAGGCGAGCAGAUCUGUCACGCAGACGUCAUAUGUACUACACGAACCCUUCUUUUUUUUAUUGGUUGAGCAAAAAUGAUAAAUAAGAAGUUUCCAGUGAAAAUAGAGAUUAUUCGAAGUUAAGUGGAUCAUAAAAGCGUUCAAAAAAAUGCAAAUUUUUUUUAGGUACUUUAGAAAUUUUGAGCAUCAGGUAAAUCAAAACAUAUUGAUUUCAAAGCUCAUAGGCUCAAUUAAAAUUUUAUUUUUGCAGGCAAACUUUGGCCAAUCAGUUUAUCACGUCGUUGCCUCUUCAAACGCCUUACAACCUCCGUUUGCUUUGAGAUUUGAUGGAGCGAAUUGGCAGAAAAUAACGCAAGAGUGAGAAUUUUCGAGCAAGUUUACUACAGUCUCUUCGCAUUGACUUGAAACUUCUCGAGUGUCUGCGUCUCUCUGUUCCCUCAUUGACGAGGUCAGAGAAAAAUGAAAAUAGCACAUAAAAACGAGAGGGUCGUCGAGAGACGAGGAGGCCCCCGAGAAAAGCAGCACCAUGUUUUUUUUAAUGCAUUUUUUAUAAGAAAAAUUUCAAAACUUGGAAACGUACCAAUUUUUGGUAGAGUGUCCUGAGACGCCGAAGACUAGUAGUCGCUUACUGAAAGUUAGAUUCUUUUUGGCGAGACACAAAAAAAAUUACCUAUCAUUGCAGACAAGCUGGAUGCCUCUCGACGCCAGUUUCAGUCCGGGUCUCCGGACGAAAUCGUCUUCUGGUCUUCGUCAACAACGACACCGUCGUCUUGCUCAGUCCGUCAGGCGUCAGAAGUGAGCUUCUCCUGCGGGAAGCUCAGCUCGCAGGUCAACUUCCCUGUCUCGCUCUGCUCCUCGAGCCGACUUCCAAUUGUUCCCAGCUGGUCAGGCCGGUUUGCAAGGCGAUCGGCGCUGUGGAAGACCAGGGAAAGAUGAACGGCGACUGGCUUCUGUUCGCCUCGGACCCGUCGUUCGUUCUCAACUGGCGUUGCGUCAUCUCCGAAGGUGAUUCCGAGUCGGAUCACGUCUUCGAGUGCCACAGUGAAAGGUCCGAACUUCUCUCUUGAUAUUGACUUUCAUUCUGCUUUCAGCUGGGUCGGCGCCUGCGAACGACCGUCUCGCGGCAAAAUCAUUGUAGAUGAACAAGGCGGCUUCAAAACCGAGUUCGACGCGGAGACGUCGCCAAUCAGAACGCCCUACUCGGAGAUUUUCGCCGUCGGUAAUGUCUCUGUGACGGACGACACGAUUCUGAUGAUCAACGACGGCGCGUUGGUUGGCAGGAAGUACUCCUUGUGGCUUCGGAAGACGGUCAACUGGAACGAGAAGCUGCUCAACGACGUCCAUCAGUACUGCGUCUGGCCGUUGCCUGCACAAAUUCGCUCCAUGGACAUGCUCUGUUGA